CUUAUUCUCAACAUUGCGUAAAAAAAAAAAAACCCUAUUCUCAACACUUUCUUACAAAAAAAUAAAACAAAAACAAAAAGUUAAAGGUACCGUAGCAGUUGCAGAAAGAAAGGAUCCUAAGAAGAUUGUCCGAGAAAUCACACCAAAUUGAUACGCCACUGUAAACUUCCUUCAGAAUAUUCCAAUCAACAAUACAUACAGAAAACACAACAAACAAUACAUACAGAAACUAAUAGCGUAUUAAUUACGUUUAAUUACCAUCAUCAUAAUCACUAAUUUCAUCCUUAAUCCAUAAUCUACAGCACCAACGAGUCCUAUAAAUAAAUUAUAAUAGUUUUAUAGCUAUUUCAUUUCAUUCAACUACACUAUUAUGAAUAACGAAAAAGAUAAAACCGUUUCUUCUUCUUCUCCUUCCUUCACCUUAUCCAAAGGUAUCAAUGGUCUCGAUAAGAUUCUUCUUCGCGAGUCUCGUGGUUCUUCCGCUGAGGUUUACCUGUAUGGUGGUCACGUGACUUCUUGGAAGAAUGAUCAUGCUGAGGAAUUGCUUUUUCUCAGUAGUAAGUCUAUAUUUAAGCCUCCUAAGGCCAUUCGCGGAGGGAUUCCAAUAUGCUUUCCACAAUUUUCAAACCUUGGACCCCUGGAAUCACAUGGAUUUGCUAGAAAUCGGAUUUGGACCAUUGAAGACGAUCCUCCUCCUUUUCCAACAAAUAAUUUGAGCAAAGCCUUUGUUGAUUUGAUUCUUAAACCCUCUGACGAAGACAUGAAGAUCUGGAAUCACAGUUUUGAGUACCGUCUGAGGGUAGCUUUGGGACCAGGGGGAGAUUUGAUGUUGACGUCUCGGAUUCGGAACACAAACAGUGACGGGAAGCCAUUUUCGUUCACAUUUGCUUAUCAUACUUAUUUAUCGGUAUCAGACAUAAGUGAAGUUCGGGUAGAGGGAUUAGAGACCCUGGAUUAUCUUGACAACUUGCAGAACAGAGAACGCUUUACUGAACAGGGGGAUGCUUUAACUUUUGAAUCAGAAGUUGACAAGAUUUAUCUUAGUACUCCUACAAAGAUUGCAAUUAUUGAUCAUGAAAAGAAGAGGACAUUUGUUUUGCGUAAAGAUGGCCUUCCUGAUGCUGUGGUCUGGAAUCCUUGGGAUAAGAAAGCAAAGUCUAUGGCUGAUUUCGGUGAUGAUGAGUAUAAGCACAUGCUUUGCGUAGAGGCUGCUAAUAUUGAAAAGGCUAUCACUUUGAAACCUGGAGAAGAAUGGAAAGGAAGACUAGAGCUCUCAGCUGUUCCAUCUAGUUACUGUAGUGGCCAGCUUGAUCCCCAGCGAGUUCUUCAGGGCAGCUGAAAGAUCAUUUUGUUGUUCUGUGUCCUGUACAGGUAGCCUGUUGCAAAAUUUAUGGACGAUGAAAGGAAAAUUUCCCAGUAAUUUUGCUCCUACAUGUUCCAUCUGUGUUGGAAGGAUGAACUCAUGUUGGUUAGGAUUUUAUUGAACUUUUGUUUUUGUUCCCUAUAAUGGAAUGACUAGUGUGGUCAUAACAAACUGAACAAAUCAUAUUAUCAGAAGAGUCCACAGUUGUUGCCAUGGAAACUAUUCCUGCCUACAAUUCAACAGAUUUUCAAGUUGAGUUGAAUGGCCCAGACCCAGAGGGAUUCCUUUUGAAUCUGCGUAGUUUUUUGAUUCUUAAAUCCCUAUAAUUUGUUUAUUAUUAAAUGUUAUUGGGUAUUUAAUACAUCCUUGAAGAAUACUUUAUUAUUAUUAUUAUUUAUAAUAUAAAAGGAAUGUAUGACAGAGUCGUGGACAAGUUAAAUCAAAUAUUUAUGGGUUAUUUUGUCAUUACCA